AUGGGUAAACAAGAGAUACGCUGUGCCGCAAAGGUCUCUUUGGACAAGCCUGCUGCUGAGCAAGCUUGCCUCCACAACCGAUGGCACCCAGACGUGCCUUCCUGUGGAACUAUCAAGAACGGCGAAGUUGUCAAGAUCGAAUGCGUCGACUGGACGGGAGGCCAAAUUGGCAACAAUGAUUCUGCGGAUGACGUCCGAGACGUUGACCUCACGCGCGUCCACUACCUAACGGGUCCCUUCGAGAUCGAGACCGCUGAGCCGGGAGAUGUCCUCCUCGUUGAAAUCCAGGACGUGCAGCCUAUGCAGGACCAGCCGUGGGGAUUUACUGGUGUGUUUGCGAAGGAGAAUGGCGGCGGUUUCUUGGACGAGCUCUAUCCCAAGCCAGCGAAAGCCAUCUGGGACUUUGAGGGAAUAUUCUGCUCCUCCCGCCAUAUCCCCGGCGUCCGCUUUGCCGGCCUCAUUCAUCCCGGCAUCCUGGGCUGCGCGCCCUCCCCCGAAAUCCUCGAAACCUGGAACAAACGCGAAGCCGAACUCAUCUCUGCAUGCAGCCACAUGUCCCGCGUGGUCGCCCUCCCACCAAACCCGCAAUCCGUCCACGUCGGCAGCGGCGACGACUCGAUCAAAGAGAAGGUCGGCCGCGAAGGCGCACGCACGAUCCCCGGCCGCCCCGAGCAUGGAGGCAACUGCGAUAUUAAGAAUCUCUCUCUCGGCAGCAAAGUGUAUCUGCCCGUGCACGUCAAUGGCGCGAAGUUCUCUGUCGGCGAUCUUCAUUUUAGCCAAGGGGAUGGCGAAAUUAGCUUCUGUGGCGCGAUCGAGAUGGCUGGCGUGAUUACGAUCAAGUUCACGGUGAUGAAGGGUGGGAUGGAGCAGUUGGGUAUGAAGAGUCCGAUCUACAUCCCGGGACCCGUGGAGCCGCAAUUUGGACCCGGCAGGUACAUUUACUUCGAAGGCUUCUCGGUGGAUGAGAAUGGGAAGCAGCAUUACAUGGACGCGACGGUGGCGUAUCGGCAGACGUGCCUGAGGGUUAUUGAGUAUCUCAGGAGAUAUGGGUACGACGAUUACCAGAUCUACCUUCUGCUCUCGUGCGCUCCUGUCCAGGGGCAUAUUGCCGGGAUCGUCGACAUACCCAAUGCAUGCACGACCAUGGGUGUGCCGAUGGACAUCUUCGACUUUGACAUUAGUCCGCAUGUCAAAGCGGAGAAGAGGGAUUUGGGAAGUUGUGCUUUUGCGAGUAGCUAG